AUGACCUCACUGGUCCCCAGAGACCAAACACUACGCUCCAUCCGGGACAUCGAAACCCAAUCCUCCAGUCUUCCAGUCUUCCUCUCAGGUGUUCAGCUGCCUAUUCAAUAUUUACGGAAAUCCCGCCAAGUCAACACCAGCGCGACGUGGAAGUUCGCGCUCGCGACUUUUUUUCCCACAAGGGUCGGCCCGCCGCCAACGGCAGCCAGGAUGGCAGCGAAAGAGAAUGGCUAUGUGUCGACAGGGUUGGCGAUCAACAAGCCCAACGGGCUCCAGGGGAGGGAUGAGAAAAGUAGAAAGACUCGGACAAGGAGUCCCCUGCGAUGGACACUAGGGUUGGUGUUACGGUUAUGCAUUUGGUAUACUCUACUUACGCCAUUUCUGCGAUGCCCAUCACGCCUAGAGGAAUUGAACGAGAGCUCUCCGAAGGUCUGCAAGCCUUACCUGAUUGCUCGCUCGCACGUGGAACCACAUGUGGCUCCCUACUAUGAUACAUAUGCUGCCCCUUAUGUUGAUCAGGCACGCCCGUACGUGGAAGUGUUCAACCAGCGAGUUUACACACCGGCACUAAAGGUUGCCAAAACCGGCUACGACAAGUACGGCGCCCCAGCAUGGCAACAAGCGCAGGCCUUUAGUACGGCGCAAUGGACAGCCCAAGUGACACCGCGUCUGGAAGCUGCUCAAGACCAAGUCCACCAAUUGUACCUAGCCCAGGUUGACCCAUAUGUGCAACAAGGUGUUGCCGUGGUAUCGCCUUACUACCAGAAGGCCAAUGGUGCGGCGCUGGCUGUCUACUGGAACCAUUUAGUCCCUUUCUACACUCGGUCCCAGCCCUUUAUUGGCAAGACUUACAGCACAGGCCAAGAUAUUCUGACUACCCAUGUUAUGCCUGGCGCACGCUAUACCUGGUCGUCGGUGGUUUACUUUGCGAACAGUUCGUUAUGGCCCCAUGUAACAGGACUCUACUCGGAACAGGUCGAGCCUCAGCUAGUCAAGAUUGGCCAGCGCCUAGCCAGCUAUCGAGAAGGUAAACGGUUACGCGCUGUAGUUGAAGACAUGGACAGGUAUGGAUACACUUACCCUUCGCGGAUCGAUUGCAUCUGGCUGACGUUGCAUGGUAGUUCGUCAUCUGAACAGACUGUCUCCUCGACGGUCUCAACUGCAAAGGUUGAGCCCCGUACUUCCGCAAGCACGACUACAACUUCGAUUACCGAGACUCCCGCUGUAAAGCCCACACUGUCGGCUGAGGAACAAUCCAAACAAGCCCGUGCCCGAAUCAGCUCCGACCUCCAGAGGUGGCAGGACAAGUUUGCUGUUGCAGCUGACAAAGGAAUUGAAGAUCUCGAAGAACGUAUCGAGGAAAUCGUGUCCGCUCUCGUCGCGAGCAGCGCUAAAAGCCACGGUCAGAGUCUCUCAACUGCCCUUCAGGCAGUUUCGACUGAGCAGGUCUCCUCCAUCAAGCAGCGAAUCAAUGAGCUUGCAGAGACCUUGCCUGAGGAAGAUGCUCCUGAGGCUGAGGAGGCGUCCCGCAAAAAGCUGGUCGAUGAGAUUCGCACGUCUGCCAUUUUGGUAAGAGAUCGUGCCCAUGCUCUCCGGGCCUGGUCUCUAUCCUUCGAUGAUGAACUGGUCCGCCGGGUAUCUGCCGCCAUCAACUCGACCCUGAACGUGCUGGACAGCAUCCGCGAUCUAGGCUUGCAGGAAAUUGGUACGCGGUGGGCUUGGAUGGACGAUGUGACUUAUAAGGACUGGGCUAGAUACCAUGCACUCAAGGUCCAGAUUGAUGACUGGCGCAAUGAAAUUCGCAAGAUUGGCAUGACCCACAAGUCGAUCGCGAAGGCGAAGUCUGUGGCUACUGCUCUUUUGGACCGCGGCAUGGAGAUAGCCGAGGACACCGCCAAAGAACUUGUCAGACUGAAGGAUGUGGGCCACUGGAAGAUUGCCGCUCGUGAAGUGAGUGACAACUUCGAUAGCCGUGCUGAACCUCCGCCACAGCCACCAAAGCCUGUCCAGGAGACUGGGGAGAAUGAAGCGAGCAGCGAUAACGAUGAGGUCGUUGAAGAAGCUACCUCAAGUCCUGGCGGGGAUUUUUCCGAUGAGGGUGAGGAGCAGAUUGAGUCCGAAACCAUAGUCGAGUCUGAAUACGAGGACGAGCCUGUUUCAGAUGCUAUCUUCGAAGACGAGAGGUACACUGCCAAGCCUGCUUUCGGUGUCGCUGCUGCCACUGUGAACUCCCAGCAAGAACCCAUUUUUGAUGAGGAUGAGCACAAUACCCCUCAGAGCUUGGCUAACAAAGCCGGAGAUUACUACUCCGAGGCAAGCUCUGCUUUUGCAGACUCGACCUCCCAGGCCAAGGUUCUCUAUGAGAUUGCAAAGUCCCAAGUAAUGGGUCAGAUGGCUCAGUCCAGUGCUCCUGCUCACGCCCAGGUCCUGUCUUCCAUUGAGUCCGCCUACUCUGGCGCUGUGAAGUACGCCACUGAGGAGUUUGAGGCGCGGAUUGGCGCUGUCAAGGCUACGCCCACUUCUGCUGGACCCUUGGCUCACAUCUCCUCGGUGGCAUCGUCGCGCCUGAGUGAGGGCCUCAGUAUGGCAUCGGAGCUGCUCGCUCUCCAUACAGUUCCGGCGACAACCUCCGCUGGGUUGCAGCCUUUUGUGCUUGAUGCUCAGCGCCGCUACUAUGAGGCUGUUGGUCUCGCUCAUGAUCACUACACUGCCUUUGUCUCCACCGCAUCGGAGGCGGUUUAUGGUACACCAACGCCCACGCCGGCACCUUUGGGCUUCCAGAAUAUUAUCGAACAGGCGGGCUCGCAGUACGUGCAGGCUUCUUCCCACGCUUCUGCUAGUCUCGCCGCUGUCGUCGCCUCGGCAAGCUCUAUGAUCUCAGCGGCGGAUGAUGGAAAAGCCCAGAGCAUUAUUGAUGAUGCUUCGUCUAGAUAUCAUGACGCCCUCUCUGCCGCUUCCCUUACCCUUUCCAUUGCUUCUGCCUCUGCUAGCUCCGCAAUCUACGGAACGACACCUCCCUUGCAGACCCUCGCCAGCCAGGCUUCUGAGAAUUGGCAAAUCCUCGUUUCCAAGGCCAGUGAGCGAAUUUACGGAACUCCGGCGCCCUACCUGCAGCAGGUGGUCCACGACCGUGUACCUCAGCUUGACGCUGUCAACGCAAUUGUCUCUGAGUUGCUUGUUGGCAAGCAGCCGUCAUUCACUGAGAGUGUGCUGAGCAAGCUUCGUGUUGCCUACGAAACACCCUACCCCGCUGCCGCAGUGUCCGCAGCCUCGAGCUACGUCAACGAAGCCUACGGGAGCGCCUCUUCAGCUGCUGGCGCUUAUGUCUCUGAGGUUCCUAGCGUUGAGGAGAUUGUGCAGCAGGCAAAUGAUCAACUCCACGCCGCCGUUGAGGCUGCCAGCGUCGGCAUCUAUGGCACCUCCAAGGGACGCUACGAGCAGGCCACUGAUGCGGCAGCCGAGGCUUACUCGACCGCUUCCGCACAGAUUAGCGGUGCUGUCUAUGGGAAGGAGUCUAGUUAUAUCGAUAUUGCCAAGAACAACAUCGAGCAAAUCCAGUCAAAGGCCAGUGCCGCAGUCUAUGGAGAGGAGGUGGGUGCCGUGGAGAGCGCCACCAGCCGCCUUGCCGCCGCUGUCGAGAGUGCUCACGCGCAACUCGCCGAUCUCGCCUCCAGCGCGAGCAGCGUUGCCUCUAGAGCCGCCGAGACAGCUGCAUCCCACUUCGACGAGGUAACCAGCAGCAUCAAGGCUGACGACUCAUUCACGUCUAAGGAUGAACUCUAA